GCCAGCCCAGCUAGGGCUCACAGGCUUUACUGAGGCUGCUCCAGAUCGGCUGACACUCAACAGUCACUGCUUAAUGGGUGGAAUCCCCUCCGUAGCUGCAGUUACCGCAAAGGCCAGGUGCUGCUCAACAAGGUCCUGUAUUCCAUCUCCUUCAUGGAGAGACAGGCGGCCAACAGAUGCUGCUGCUGGCUGAUGGUUAAAAUAUGGUCUAAUCGGAUUGUGUAUGACGCCCACGUUGGGUGGAGGAUUCAGGGGGGCACAUUGCUGAAGCUCGUGGACAGCCUGGUGCCUGCCUUCCUGGGCUGGGAGCCCGCAUACGUUCCCAAUUUCCUGAGAACCUACAGAGCCUUUGCCACCACCCAGCAGGUGCUGGACGCGCUGUUUGCAAGGUACCCCUGGUUCGCUCCUAUUACUGAUUGUGUACUCCAGGACACAGUGAAAUACGCUCUCUCCUCCAUCCUGGCCACCUGGCUGGAGCAAUACCCGGAAGAUUUCAAUCAUCCCCCGCAUUACACCAGUCUGUACAUGCUGCUGGACUACACGCAGCUCAACCUGUGUGACUUCGAGCUGGACCAACAGGUACAACUUCUCCUGAGACACUUGCAGCAACAGGAGCCUGCGGAGGCAGAACUAGAGGGUGAGGAGGACCGGGAUUGGUGCAUGUGAGUACA